AUGGGUCAGUCCCAAUCGUCUCGCCGUACAAAGGCAGAACAAGAACAGUUCAAAUUGCAAAACACCACUCAAACUCUGCCUCUAAAGGCAACUGGUCCCGUGUCGAAACCCGCGCCAAAAUUUAAAGUUUCGCCUCCCUUGAAACAAAUGAUGAAAGCACCCGCUGGUCGAUUGUAUGUGGCUCCAACCGACGAAUACGUAUUUCUCAAGUAUAGCAAAGCUGCUUCCGACAUUUGCGACGCGCUUCAAAAACUUGUUGUGACAUUUAACGAGAUGAAAGCACGUUAUGAGGAUGGAAAACCGAUCAACAACAAUAUGCUCGUUUUCCGCAUUGAUCUGGAAGAAGUCCACAGACACUAUGAUACAUUCCUCCGCGAGUCGGCCUACAAAGUUGAUCAACUUGUACAGUACCGCAAGGACAUGAGUUGCAAAGGGUUCACGGACUUGCUGUUCUUCAAGUUCUCUUACGAGAAGAUGCUGGAUGCUCGUCCUCCGCAAUUCGACGAAGUCAAAGAGAUGAUCGACAAGCAGAUACUUUAUUCGACUGACCUCUUGGAUCACGUCGUAAAGUCGUUCGACAGGCAGAAUCUCCACAGAUAUAAUAAAUAA